CGCUGAGAGAGGACGCGGUUCGGUUCUGUUUGCGUUCUCUGCGUCCUGGUUCGGAUUGUUUUGCCCAGCAUGGCCGUGACGGAGGCUGGAUGUGACCUGACUUACUGCAAGAUGAGGGGGAUAGUAGCCGUCCUCACCGCUUUCAUCAAGGAGAGAAAAAUGGGGCUGAAUGACUUCAUCCAGAAGCUGGUGUCCACCCCACACAUCUGCCAGCACGCUGAAGUCAACAACUUCCUGAAGAUUGAUGAGAAUCAGAAUGAGGAAGCUGAGGAUGAUAAAAUUCCUGAAAGUCCACUGCGCCUGAAUUCCCGCAGUUCCCUGGCAGAGGACACCCAGAUCAAACCUUGUGACUUUGACUACCUGAAAGUCAUUGGUAAAGGCAGCUUUGGGAAGGUUCUGCUGGCUCGACACAAGGAGACCACUAAAUACUACGCUGUUAAGGUGCUGCAGAAGAAGAUCAUCCUGAAGAAGAAAGAGCAAAAGCACAUCAUGGCCGAGCGCAGCGUGCUGAUGAAGAACAUCAAGCAUCCCUUCCUGGUGGGGCUGCACUACUCCUUCCAGACCACAGACAAGCUCUACUUCGUGCUGGACUACGUCAACGGUGGAGAGCUCUUCUACCACCUCCAGAGAGAGCGGAUCUUCCUGGAACCCAGAGCCAGGUUCUACGCUGCUGAAAUCGCAAGUGCCCUUGGCUACCUCCACUCUCUGCACAUCGUGUACAGAGACCUGAAGCCUGAGAACAUCCUGCUGGACUCGCAGGGCCACAUCGUCCUGACAGACUUUGGGCUCUGCAAAGAAGGUCUGGACCCCAAUGGAACCACAACAACCUUCUGUGGGACCCCUGAGUAUUUGGCUCCCGAGGUUCUCCAGAAGCAGGCGUACGACCGCACCGUGGACUGGUGGUGUCUGGGCUCGGUGCUGUACGAGAUGCUCUACGGACUGCCGCCCUUCUACAGCCGCAACACCGCUGAGAUGUACAACAACAUCCUGCACAAGGUUCCGGUUCUGAAGCCCAACGUGUCCAACUCGGGCCGGGAGCUGCUGGAGGGGCUCCUGCAGAAGGACCGCACCAAGAGGCUGGGCGUGAAGGACGACUUUCUCGAGCUCAAGUAUCACUCCUUCUUCUCUCCCAUCAACUGGGAUGACCUGAUGGCCAAGAAGAUCACGCCUCCAUUCAUUCCCUCUGUGUCAGGCCCAACGGACCUGCGGCACUUUGACCCGGAGUUCACCCACCUGCCGGUGUCGGCCUCUCUGUGCAGCGACACCCAGAUGGUGACGAGCAGCAUCAAGGAGGCAGCCGGAGCCUUCCCGGGCUUCUCCUACGGACCCCCGGCGGACCACUCCUUCAUGUGAGCGGCAGCGCUCCCACCCCUCCAUCAUCCUGGGAACAAACAGGAAACCAGCCUGGAUCUGACGAUGUGAUGGUGGUGGUGGAGGGUUCCACCCGACUGACCCCUAACUUCUGCCUCAGCUCCCAAAACAAUAAAAACAUGUGUGCCAAGUGUGGAGGCAGCGCGGGGUCCUGCAGCCCUGGGCGGCAUGGCGUGGAGAGAAGUGCCUGACGCCGGGCGGCAUCGUGGGGGGGGCACCGGUUCUGUGUGGACUUCUCACGCUUUUUGUUUUCAUGUGGACGCCGACUUGCACAAGAGGAAAUAUUCAGCUGGAAGCAGCUUUUGGAUCUGAAAGGUGCAUAUCCUUCUUCUUCUUCUUUGAUUUUUCCACUUUGGAUGAAGAAAUGAUGGAAUUUAAGUCUGAAAUGCUUCUGCUGAUCCUCAGACCAAAACUAUUUACAUGUACUUGAUUUUUUUGUGUUUUAAAACCACAAACAUUGACUGUUUACUUUGAGGGAGUUCCUACACAUAUUAGAGAUAACUAAAUACUUCCUUGUGUACAUAUUUGCACCAUUUAGAUUUAUGAGACGUUGUAUAAUCUAUUUUUCCCACCAGCGAUAUCAGCUGUUAAGAAGAAGUUCUCGUCUUGAUCAACCAGCAAUAAUUCUUAAUUAAGAAGCGCACAUGCUCCAUGUGGUUAGCAUCGUAGCAUACUUACCUGUGAGUCAUAUCUUGAUGUUGCUGGCUGUGUAAAACCUGAAAACAUGACGGCCGAUGCGACACUGAUGAUAUCUGGUUGCUGGUUGCUGUUUUCUUGCAAACGCUCCAGACGACGUGUGUCUUUGUAUUUAUGCAUCAUGUAGAGAAGAACCGUGACUGUCUUGUGCCUGAUCCAUGAUUAUUAUCCAUGCAUAUCUCCUCCCCCGACCCGCUCCCUUUGCUGGAAGGUCAUCUAUAACGAGAAGAAGUGCUUUGUUGUGUUGGAGAGGAACCGAGCGGUUCUGGAAAGUGCAAUAACCGAUUAAUAAUAUAGAAUAUCUUUUUAUCGUAGGUGUAAAUGAUCAUUUCUGCUCUGAUAUUAUCGACAAAACAUCAAACGGGGAUUAUUCAUGCUCUGGUUUCCACUUUCUUUUUGCUUGAGAACAAAUAAAACAAGACAACACGCGGUUCUUGAUCAUGUUCUUCCACAUUUGGAAGCUUUGGUUUUUAUUUUUUAUGUGUAUUUAUUUUCAUUCCACUUUGUAAGCGAGAUGAUUUACCAGAUCAACUGAAAGACUGAACUGUAAGCUGUCAGAAACGGCAAAUAAAAAUCAAAUCUGA